CCACCCCACACUCCCCUCUCCCUGGUCUCCUGGUUAGGGCCUGACGUCAGCACAAGGGAAGGGAUAAAGAGAAGAUCAUAAGGCAUCAGGCUGCUGCAGUUUUCAGGAGUAGGGGGACAGCAUCUCAGGACCACAGUCUGAGACCUUGUUAGACAUUACUCAUCAUUGCCAGUUUGAAUAUAGCUCACUAGUUUAAGAGAGGAAAACAUGCCUCAGAACGUGGUCCUUCCUGGACCUGCUCCCUGGGGGUUCAGACUAACAGGAGGUAUAGAUUUUAAUCAACCCUUGAUCAUCUCUAGGAUCUCUCCAGGAAGCAAGUCAUCAGUCGCUAACUUGUGUCCUGGUGAUGUCAUACUUGCUAUUGAUGGCUACAACACGGAUAAUAUGACACACGCAGAGGCGCAAGACCGGAUUAAAGCAGCAACUGAUCAACUCUGCUUAAAGAUUGACAGGGCAGAAACGAGGAUGUGGUCUCCCCAAGUUUGUGAAGAUCCAUAUAAAAUAAACCUGGAGGCUGAGCCACAGGAUUUGGGGUACUUUGAGCACAAGCAUAAUGUCAGGCCUAAAGCUUUCAUACUCCCUGGUCGUAGCAGUGGGAGCAGCACUCCCUCAGGAUUUGACCCUGGCAGUGGACGCAGCACCCCUUCCUCUGUUAGCACUAUAGAUCCCUGCGAGCUGAAAGCUGCCACCAGGAUUGCACCUAACAUCCCCCUGGAAAUGGAGCUGCCAGGGGUGAAAAUUGUCCAUGCACAGUUCAACACCCCCAUGCAGCUGUAUUCUGAUGACAAUAUUAUGGAAAGUCUUCAAGGCCAGGUUUCUACAAUUCUAGGAGAAAAGUCACAGAUGAGUGAUCCAGUCCCAGCAGGCAAUGUGCCUCAGUCAGAUGUAUACAGGCUUCUUCAUGAUGAAGAGGAACACCUGAGCAAGCCCAGGCAGUCUGGUUCUUUUAAAGUGCUGCAGGAAAUGGUUGACGAUGACCCUGAUCGUCCAACAGGUACCAGAAGUGUUAGAGCUCCAGUGAAUAAGCCAAACACAGGAGCAGCCCCAAUUCAGAAGGUUCCAGUCUGUGACCGAUGUGGGAAUGGCAUAGUGGGUACAGUUGUGAAAGCUCGGGACAAGCUCCGUCACCCAGACUGCUUUGUAUGUGCAGACUGCAACCUAAAUCUGAAGCAGAAAGGAUACUUUUUUGUGGAGGGCCAGUUAUACUGCGAAGCUCAUGCAAGAGCACGUAUGAGACCACCAGAGGGAUACGAUGCGGUUACAGUCUAUCCCAAGGCUUAAAAUUCAAAUACUUGUCAACCACUAAAACAAGCUUUAAUAAACCUGGCAAUCCCACUUGUAAUGAGAAACAAAAAGUUACUGUACAUAUACAAAUACAUUUAAUAAGUUAAUGGAUGGGAGACACAUCAGGUGUUUCAAAAUCUAGAAGUCAAACUUAAACUCUGGGUCUUCCAAACGAUUUGAAACGGAUAUCACUGCCAGAAGUGUUCAUUUAGUGUGUUUUUUAUAGCAACAGUAGCCAAAACCUCCAAUGAUGCUUUGCCAGCUUCAGGUUAGACGUAGCUCCACAACAGCUGGAGAGCAUGAAUGGAAUUCUACACAAAUGUACUAUGGGUUAUAGAACAGCUUUAAUCCAGUAAGAGCAAAUCAAUGUAUGUAAUUAAAAUGCAGGACUUUAUACGCUGUAGUACAGGAGAUCUGUUUAACAACAUUGGAAUCAGAAUGCAGCAUAACUCCUCUCUCCUUAGUACAUACAAGCCCAACAGGAAUUCACAAACACUGCCAGCUAGACAGCUUGUUAAUUUACUACGCUUUUGUUCAAAACCCGCUUAGUGAUAAAACGUACUGCUUCAUAAAAUCAAGUAAAUUAAUUAUCAUUAUAGGUAAUAGAACAUUUGCAAUAUUUGUUUACACCGCUUAAUGCAGAGCAAAAAAUAAAUAAAUAAGUGGCUAAAGAUAAAUCACCUGCUUCUUUGCCUGCUGGGUCUACGCACUCACUUAAAACUAUAUUAUAUCUGUCUUUACAUGUCUACCACAUUACUUAAUAUAUAUUUUUACAGUCAGAAACCAGUAUAUCCAUUUUGUAAAUGCCAUGCAGGAAGUAAGAACACAUAGAAAGACGGCUGAUAUCUAUAUCUGGUAAAUAACGUUGUUAUUGAUAGAGCAUAAUAUAACCGUCUUCCUUGGUUAAUAAUUCUGUAUUUGCUCCUUAGUGAGCUAAAUGUUUUCUUUUUUCUGUUACAAUUCCUUGUUGCUUUUUAAUCAGUGCAAUAGGGAUAUCAGUUUAACAGCAAAUACAUUCUUCCUUGGAAUUACUUAAAAUGAAUGCAUGAGAAACCACGCAAAGGGAUUUCAUUUUCGCAGUUAACGGUCUGUGCUUAUUUUAUUGUUAUAAUAAUCUUUUUUUAGGCUCACAGCCAUUUUAAAAAUCAACCUGUCUGAUAUUUUGUUACAUAAUUAAUAAAGUCGAAAAACAAUAAAAUAAAGGCUUCCUCUUAAUGAAUUAAAAAUACUUUUUUAAUCACUA